CCUAGUUUUUACGUCUUUCUGUGCAGCGCGACCCUCGGUUAGUUGUCCGAUUUUUACUAGAUGGGAUACAGUUUCUGUUAGACUUACCUUUUCGUAGCAAGUUAGGAGAAUUAACGCAGCAGGUUAGGAGAUUUAGCGUAGCAGGUUAGGAUACUUAGGUUACGUUCAGGAAAAUGGUUAGGGUUAGCUAAAAAGCAAAGAAAGUAUCAACUUUUGACGUUAAUUUGACAAAAGCUGUAUCCUUUCUAGCCAUGACCUAGUUGUCCCCGACACCUCCUCUUUCUUUAUCAUGUGACAUUCGUUUUAUACUCCGUUGCCAGAGGAAAUCAGUUCAUCCAAUCGCGUUUCGAGAGGGGCGGCUCGUUUUCUCAACAUUUGACAGGGAUUUAUUCUGAUCCUCAUGACGUCACCCGAUACCCUGCGCUCCUACAGUCAGUAAGCGAAGGGAUGCUCUAAACGCAAGAUAGCAGCAUCUUUCCUGAGAGACUACAAACAAUUCGCAUCUCACUCUAGCUUUGUAUCCAUUCUCGGCAUUCUCUCCCCUUUGGACCCUCCUGAAAACCCACCUCUUGCCCUCCAACAUCGAACUGCAGGGUGUCUUCAUGCACGAAAGGAGGACCGGAUAGAAGACCAUAUUUGUAUUUCACCACCUUUCCUUUCCCUUUAUUUAUUUAACCUCUGUCGUCUGUAUAUUUUUGUUUUGAUCUUUUAUUUUGUUGACCAUUGCCUAGCUACAAUACAGAGAGGAGGAGGUCGUUCUGCAUUGCUUGAUAGGAAUACGCGCUUUAUUGCAGUGGAAUGAAAUAACACACAUAUGAAGAAAUUAAUGGAAGAUUAAAUUAGUCUACUUUCUACAACACGCUUAUAGUAUCUGGAGCGGGACAUAAUUUAUCGGUUCAUUGGAUUUUUGUUGAGGUUACGUUCCAUACGCAGCGCAAGCAUCGUCUUCUUCGGUUAGAACACAUAGCCCAUACUCAUCGUAGCAUCUCGGUGUUCUCUGAAAGGGCGAGGAUAACGCGCAAGAUAUUUCAUUCUCAAGAAUAUAGGCAUUUUCGAUUUUGAAUCGCUUCGUCUAUUCAAAUACCAUUUUUUUUCAAUCGGUUACGUUGCAUAAAGGGAUAAACGCAGUUUCACCCAACCUACUUUUAAAAUGAUGGCCGGCGGAGCAGUACAGCAAAACGGGGGUUUCUUGAAUCCUCACCAUCACAAUCAACAGCCGCACAUGGAGUCGGAUCCCCCAGAUUCGCGUAAAAGACCGCUAGAGACCCCAACUGAGGCAAGCAGCACUAAACGCACAAACACGGGAGUGGCCUUCCUGCAGCCCCUUUUUGAAACUGAAGGCAUUGUAUUCCCUCACCAGGAAUCACACUCUGAGGCACAUGAGGAAGGUGAGUACUUCCUGAAGGUUCUGAUCCCCAGCUAUGCGGCCGGCUCCAUCAUCGGCAAGGGCGGACAGACCAUCGUCCAGCUGCAGAAAGAGACCGGCGCCACCAUCAAGCUGUCCAAAUCCAAAGACUUUUACCCUGGCACGACAGAGCGGGUGUGUCUGAUCCAGGGGACAGUGGAGGCUCUGAAUGGAGUCCAUAACUUCAUCGCUGAGAAGGUGCGGGAGAUGCCGCAGAGCAGCCAGAAAUCAGAACCGGUCAGCAUACUGCAGCCACAGACCACCGUCAACCCUGACCGCAUCAAACAGGCCAAGCUGAUAGUACCAAACAGCACAGCAGGUCUGAUCAUUGGUAAAGGUGGAGCCACAGUCAAGGCCGUCAUGGAACAGUCGGGCGCCUGGGUGCAGCUCUCCCAAAAACCAGAGGGCAUCAACCUGCAGGAGCGCGUGGUCACCAUUAGCGGAGAGCCCGAGCAGAACCGUAAAGCCGUGGAGAUCAUCGUUCAGAAGAUCCAAGAGGACCCCCAGAGCAGCAGCUGCCUCAACAUCAGCUACUCCAACAUCUCUGGCCCUGUUGCCAACUCCAACCCCACCGGCUCCCCCUACGCCAACUCAGCCGAGGUGAACCCCGCUGCUGCUGCUGCUGCCGCUGCCACAGCCUCCAGCCUCCUGGGUCAGGCCACCAUGCAGAGUAUGGGCGGCUUCCCCACCACCAUGGGUCCCAGCUUCUCAGGCAACGACCUCUUGACCAUCACCUCUGCCCUCAACACGUUAGCCAGCUACGGCUACAACACCAACUCCCUGGGCCUGGGGCUCAACCCCGCCGCAGCCUCAGGAGUCCUGGCCGCCGUAGCGGCUAGCGCUAACCCCGCCGCGGCUGCCGCUGCUAACCUCCUGGCGUCCUACGCCAGCGAUGCCUCCACCAGCGCAAGCCACCAGGCCGCCUCCCUGGGAGGUUUCACCCUGGGCUCGCUGGCCGCGGCCACGGGGGCCACCAACGGCUACCUGAGUGCCUCAUCCCCGCUGAUGGCACAAUCCCUGAUGGCCACUGAGAAGCAGAUGCAGGAGGGGGCCAAGGACGUGGUGGAGAUCGCUGUUCCCGAAAACCUGGUAGGAGCCAUCUUGGGGAAAGGAGGGAAAACGCUAGUGGAGUACCAGGAGCUGACUGGAGCCCGGAUCCAGAUCUCCAAAAAGGGAGAGUUCAUUCCCGGCACCCGGAACCGUAAAGUUACCAUAACCGGCUCUCCGGCGUCAACGCAGGCAGCUCAGUAUCUGAUCAGCCAACGGAUCACGUAUGAGCAGGGUGUGCGCGCCACCAACCCACAGAAGGUGGGCUAGAAAAUGAGAAUGGAAAGGAAGAAAACGAGUGGGGGCUUGGGGAGGAAUGCAAAGUGAGAGAGAAAGGGAGAGGAGAGCAAGAAUGCUGGAAGGAAUCGUCCACCCGUUUUUUGGUGUUUCAGUAUUCAAAAAAUUAUGAGACGCAAAAAUUCGCUCGGGGAGAGAGGAGAAAGUGUAACGCGGAAAACAAAGGAAAAUAAGGUGUAAAAUGUAAAUACGGUUUUAUUACUUAAGUCUUGAUGUUUCGGGAUUUUUUGUUUGUUUUGUUUUCUAGUUCUUUUGUCUUUUGUUUGUUUGUGUAUUCUCCGGACAGUGGUGAAUGCGAUUUUAAACUGGCAUGCUGCCGCGCUGCAGUUUGGAAAAGGGGGGCGGUGGGGGUACUGGGGGCCGACCCCCAUGGAAUCAGCCCCACCCCCACCCCCAUUCCUGUGUAGCUCACUGAUGUUUUGCUUCAGAUUUGCCUUCAAUUUCAAUUUGCCCCUUACCCUGCCCCCCACUUUUCGCCCUCCCCCUACAAGGGUCUGAUAAGACUGCAAACCAGUGCUUGGUUAGAGAUCUAAGGAAAAUCCCUGUAGUUGAUGACAUCCCCCUCCAUGCCCCGAUCCCUCGCCCCUCUCCCAGCCACCCCCACUCUGGUUUGAGCAAAGGAGGGGAUGGGAGAGAUGUCCCCAAGGCUUCCACACAUGGAUUAUCCUCGUAUCCCUAUAGCCUCGCGCCUUAGGUUCUGAUUUAGCCAGAUGCAUGCUAUGCCACGCUCCAUAUUUAUAUCCGGGAUGCUCGUGUUUCGUAUGUAGGACGAAGGCAGAGACGCAUGGUGCAUCUCAUUGGGUCAGAAUUCUAGCGUAGCGCAAGAGUACAUAUAGAGGUUGGGGCAUUUUUCUCAACAAGGUUUGCAGUCUGAUAUUAUGAUUAUUAUUAUGAUUAUUAUCGAUAUCAUCGUCAUUAUUUAUUCAUAUGAUUUCGCCCAUAACGUUUUGGUAUUUUCAUUGUUUUUUAAAUCUGUAAAUUCAGGUUGAAAUGAAUGUAAAGACUAUUUUUGAUUUGAUUUGUUUAAUUUAAGUGGAUUUAAUAACAUGUCACAUAGUGUAAUAUACAGUAUGUCUUAUUUAAGUCCAGUAAGAAAUGGAGCAUAAGCACCACUGCAGUGAUGAUGAAGAGUAAGGGUCAGCUUUGAUAUCCAGUAAAGAGCAGGACAGCAAAUAUUCAAUUUAAAACACACACACACACACCUUGUGAUGCCAUUUCAGUGCUAAAAAGGGAUUAUAACAUAUCUCCAUGGCAGAUUACAGUGAAAUCAAGCAGACUAGUCUCUACAGUAUAUACAUACAUAGCUGCAAAAUGAAAAUGCCACUUGCUCAACAGGCCCAAGAGCACCGUUCACAUUCUGGCUGGGACGAAGCGCUCUAAUAACAUCAACCCAAAGUUGUUCCAACGUUGUCUGAGCUCAGAUGUCUCUCCUCCCUGCAGUUUAGCCUGUGUCCCUCAACAUUGUGAAAAGCCAAAGUGUUGUUGGGACUGUAGGGCUAUAGGCGUCUCCACUGAGAUAUCCAGCGAGCGCUGCUCUUCUGCCUCUAACAACACUCUGUCUAGACAGGCCAGGCGAGAGACCAGGAACAGGGGCACUUAGAACCUAGAGGUGGUGACCCCGCCAGGAUACGUACAUACUACUGAAAAAUACACACACUGAAGAUGAGAAUGUUGAUCUCACUAGGGUCCAUGCAGUUUGCCAGGCCUUGUCUUGUUGCGAGCAGAGCUAUUGAACGCAGUGCAUAUUCAGAAGAUGUUUUCCCUAAUACUUGCUCUUAUCAAGCAGUGUUCUUCUGUCCACGAUGAACGGGGGGGGGGGGAUGUAACGUGCUACGGUCUGUUGGGCGUUAACUACAGCUAAGUCUAAUGGUUGUGGGUUAUUCUGCUUUUUGGCCAACUGCAGGGACCUCCCACUACACGUUCCAUGCAAUGGAUACUGCCCACUAACCUAUAAGCUGCUAUGAUUUUGUUUGUUUUAUCUUGUUUUUUUUUCUUCAAUCGGAGUACACUGAAGUUGAUCUUAAUGCACUGUGAAGUGUGGGGAUCGUUUUCUCUGCCCAUGAGGUCAGGGUUGUGUUCUGUAGGGAGCUUUGUCACAGGCGUAUGCGUUAUUAUGUCAGGGAAAUGUACGCAUAUGAAAUACCAGGCGACUAAUCAUAUCUCACGAACAGAACUCUAUUCGCAAUACAGUAUCAGUUCUCAGUUAGAUAUGCAAGACGAGGAAAGAGUAUUCAUGUUUCUGAACACUACGUUGAAACCAGGAUCCUGGAUUGAGGCGUUGGAUGUGCUUUGACUCAGUUUGGCAAUGAAAGUAAUGUGGUUGUAGAAACAGUCUCUAAUUGGAGGACGGGAUUGGGGAGGAGUGGCAAGUGCGCAUGUUCAGCUUUUGCUAUUCAAAAACAACAAUAGUUGGAGGUAUGUGGAGUUUUAUCCCGAUUUUGACAGGGUUGCUCUAAUCGUCCGACUUCCCUUUUUCUAUUUGCUGUUUUCACAAACAGUUGAAAUUGAUAUAUUCUGUUAGCCAACUGAAAAUGGCUGGCUAACCUAAAAUGCGAUGACUUCUAAAAUGCCAAAAUAGGAGGGGGGCACAUUUUGCUCGACCCUAAACAAUCUAACUUGGUCUGGUAAGGGAACCUAUCUCCCCAAUUGGACAUUUAGACACUGUAAUGUAAAGGAAAUCUAUCCAAUGGUGGGCUCUCUCACUAUGAUUCAACAUUGGGAUGUUAUCUCUGUUGUCUAUUGGAGCGACAGUGUGUGCGUAUCUCGACAGGUUGGUAAGGAGGCUUCUCUAUUCCCAUCUAAUACCAUCCACUCUCCUCACCCCCCAACCCUUGUACCGCCGUGCACCCCAUUCUUACACAUCAACCCAGAGCCCCCCUCUCACAUCUCUCCAUGGGUGAUAAUGUCUGGUGUUACGAUGCAUGUCUGCUUGACCUUCCAGACCACAACCACUCCAAAACAAUGACUGUCUGAGUCUCCUGAUGCUUUGAGGGUAGAGAGAACAGCGUCCCCUUGGUUGUAGAGCUGAGCAUGAGAGAAUAGUUAGUGACCAUUUUGCCAGCAGCAGUGAGAACAAAUUAGUAGGUGGCAGAGGAAGUAAGAAAGAUAACCUGUAACCAGGCAACUAAGAGAGAAAGAUACCAACUGAUUUAAUUCUGUCAAUCCGAUGGCCAGUGGUUUGAAACCAUAUUUUAUGUUGUAUGUUAACGACAGGAGUGAAAGCACUUUGCUACAUUUGGAAUGCAUGGGCAGAUACAUAAAGUACAUUCAUAAACACAUUCACAUAGAUUGCGAGUAGAAUAAGGGAAAUACUGCUUGUUGAAGUCAUGAAGAAAUGACAGAGAUUACUGGAUAUAAGCGAUACUAAAACUGUGACAAAUCAAUGUGAACGAGAUCAAAUACAACAAUAUCAAAUACCUGUAGUUGGAGAUCACGAGAAGGUGCCAACAAAGUUUGUCAAAGGACGACUUUGUUAUCUUUUUAUCGAAUUCAACAAAAUGACCCCAUGAUGAUGGGGUUUUAGGGCGUCCAUUUUUGUUUGGUUUGUAAUUUAGGGGAUGUAGAUAAAAUGUGAUGAGUACUGGAAGCAAUAUACGUAGUAGCAUGUUGUCCUUGUAUUGUCUUUCUAUUCUGUCUGUUGUCAAAGCUUUGGAUUUACCUAGAUGUUAAAUAGAUUUACCUAAUUACAACUUUUUUAAUUUGUGAAAUUGCUGCUAUUUAAUAAGUGAUGUACUAAAAAUAAAGUUAAAACAUAUCUGAUUGGUCGUUUAGCAGGAUGUUGUAGUUCCCAGAGGUGUACUAAAUGCUAUACAUGCUGAUAAGAUAAUAAUUACUGUAAAAACAAACUCAACAAAUAAACCUGUGCCAAAAUAGAUCUUUAAAGACUGAAACUGAAAAUGCGCGUGAUUUAAAAAAACAUUACAUGAAAGGAAACAUACUUUUAUAAGGAAAAAAAUGUGAAAAGUGCCAAAUUAACCAUAUUUAUAAUUGUAAAUAGAAGGGAAUGGUACAAGAGACUUUUUUUGUGUGAGUAAAAUCAAUAAAAAUAAAAAAUAAGCUUUUUAGUUAAACCUUUUAAUGCCCUCUUUACUACUAUGUGACAUAAAAUAAGGGAUUGUGAAGGAAGGGAGCCAUCUUGUUAGCCAGUAAUCCAAAUUUCCUUGAAUUCUACAGUACUUAGACUCCGGGGCCAGAAGAAUCAACGUAUAGAUAGAUUAGCAUGGUUAAUGAUACACAUGAUAUUAACAUUCUUAAUACAGCCUUUUAUAGUUCUGAAAAUGUAUUUUGUGGAGAUAGAUGUUAUCUUUUUUGCACGUCUAUAUUGCAUGAUAUCAAAGUGAAGCGUGGACAAAAAAAAUGGAAGAAACAAAAAUUGUACAAAAAAAAUUAGGCGGUGUGUUUUGUUCAUUUUGAAGACAAAUCUUUGCAUGCCAACAAUGGUAAAGCAAUUUAAUUUUCCUUGACACAUUUUCAAACGUGUGUUGUUUUCACUGAAAACAUGCAGGGACAUAGUCCAUUAGAGCAAGGCCACAGUGUAAUUAGAUUGUAUGACUGGAUGAGUAUUUUGUGAGAACAUUGUCUAGGCAUCUAAACAUUCUUAGAGAGAUAGGAACAAACUUUUGAUCAAACAUGAGACAAUUCGGGUUUUUUUGCUGGAUGUGCUUCUUUUACUAAAACUGCAUUAUUUAAUUCCGGAUCACAUUUAAUGCUUUUUACCAUAGAUACCGAGAUAUUGUCCACGAAUGUACUCACCUCUGCAUACGUUUGCAUAUCACUCUUCGAUCAUGACUUCAGGUCUUGAGUGUCCAUGUGUUUUGUGUGAAUAACUAACAUCAGGUAGGCCAGAUCUGGCCCUAGUGUCAUUCUAACCAUCUGUUUCCCCUUUCGCUCCCUCUGAGCUUGAUCUCUUGUCUUGAUGUAAAUAUGCACUUUAUAUUUCUCAUUUAGACAGAUUUCUCAUUUAAACCCCCAUCUCCUGAAAGGAAACUAGAAAAAGUAUUUUGAAGUGUCAAGCUAGGCCGUGUGUAGGCACCAUGUUUUUUUCACGCUCUGUUGCUGUUUGUAUUUCUCAAUUCCCCGGGUCUCUCUCCAGAAUUUGGGACAAGGUGUGUUUUACUCUCUAUUCAGUGAAUUUGGUCUCAUUACACAAUUACACUUUCUACAACAAAAAGUUCUAGGGAGAGAAAAAAAGGACAAAUAUUGCCAAUAUUCCCCAUGUUGUCCAUUGCCCAACUGUCAUUCAGUUUCACCAUUAGACAACUGAGUGGUGUUGGCAUGCUCAAAAAGGGAUUGUAAAUAACAAAAGCUGGUCAGCCACAAGAAAACAUAGCUUUUCCUCAUUUAACACAGGAUUUGACCUUUUUGUAUAUUUCUGAAGCAUUCAAUGGUCUAGAAUAGUGUCAAAAAGGGACACUCAGUUUAAACUCUAACCAAAUUGACAUCCCUAUUCCUAGCGAUGCCUCAGUUGCAAUAGAAUGUCAGCAUGAGGUAUACUGUAUAGCCCUGUAGAGUAAGCUGAGAUGGGGGUUUGUGCAAUAGUGUAGUACCUUGCUGUGCAUGUGCUAUUGUCUGGCUCUUGUGUCUGUGAGUCUGCAGUAGGUCAGCAUCAUGGUGUCGUCCCUAUGUUGCUGGGUGAACAGAUCUGUUUUGUGAUGUGCAGAGGAAUGCAAACGUAUGGUUCACCUGCUACAGGUGACAUCAUUGCUUUUCAGUGGGUGUGUGGCUACUAGUGCUCAACUCCAAAACCUCACAAUGCCCCAACCCCCACCCCCCUCGCUCCCACCCGCACCCACCACCCUUAGCCAGACAUUCACGGAACCCAGGGUCCCACUCUUGAGCUUGUACCCCAUCGAAGCACCAGCAAUUUUAAACUGCAUUUGUCAUAUCACUGUUCAGUUCCUUUUUAUUGUUUUUCUGUUUCCUAUUUGUACUACGCUCUCUAACCUAGACCAAUUAUAACAAAAUGCCAUUCAUGUGUACCCUGUUUACUCCCCCUUUUCUCCUUUUUACACUUUCACUGCCCUCCUUUUCCAACCACUCCCCCACACUUCUGCUCCGAUCCCGCCACACCACCAAACCCCCCACCUCCUCCUCCUCCUCCUCCUCCUCGAGUUUCUCCCGAGUGCCAAACAAAAACAGUACCAUUCCAAACUUUUUUGAGUUUUCUUGUAUGUUGGACAUCCAUUGGACGCACCCAUGAAGCCAGCAUGUUCCUCCAUAACAUGAUGUCAGUCAUGACGCCUCAACAUUACCCAAAAGAAACAGAUCCAAAACCCCCGAGCUAAAAGCAGACCUGGAUUAACCCGGUAAAGGCUGGCUACCUCUCAUAAACUGCUUUUCCUAAUUCUCUAUCAUCUCUUCAACCUCCAGGACAUCAUUGAUUGUGUGCCAUAGUGUUGGGGGCACUUGUCACUCUCCUCACCCCCAAGUCUCUCCAUUUGAUUUCGAUGGGAAAAAUAAAAAAAUCCAUUUCUAAUGACGAUUUUUUUUUCUUUAACAUUAAACCACACUCAGAAUGGUGUGAGGAGUGUAAUCGUCAGCUGCGCAGCCAUCCUCUUGUCUUCUGAACUUUGAACUUUUCACCCCUCAUGAACUUUAUUGACCUUCUUCCUCCCCUUCUAUGUUCAUCAAACUGUUUGGACUUAAAUCUCCAUUCCAUCACCAAACCUAUUUGAGACUGUGCAAUUCUAGUUGAAAUUAUUUGAUUUUUUUUGUUUGUUUCUUAUCAGUGGGACAAUUCCCCCGAGAUAAAGAAUGAAAAAUCAUCCACAAAAGAAAUACAGACAAACAAACAAAACUAAACAACUGUUUCUCCACAAUUUCAUUUUUCUCUCAUUGUAAAUAUUUUUGUCAGAUUUUGUUGAGCUGUAAAGAGAGGCGUGUUCAACAGAAUGGGGCCGGCAGCAUAAAAUCCACUUAGUGGAAAGAGGACAAGAAAGGUGCACCUCAUACAUCUACUCGUUUGUUCUGCUACAGUAGCUUGUGGUCCUGACAUUGGUGUGACCUACUGUGUUUGUUGUUGUUUAUCUCCAUGCUAGCUCCACUUAGAUAAAAGGAUAUAAAAACGCAAAAGAGAAUUACGUUCUGGAGCUGAAAAUCAUCCUCAUGAUAGAAUUGUUUACAUUUGCUACAGUAGUUGUAUUCGUUGGUGGUUUUGUUUCGCUUAGUGAGUUGUAGUUAUUGUAAUGCUUCGUAGUGUAAGAAGAUAUCAAUGUGGAGAACUUGCUGGAUUCAGCACCUUACACUAAAUGUAGGACACACAAGACUAGGGGGGGGAAACGUGUCGCUCCCAAAGCACAAAAAGGAAGUUGAGGCCUCUUUAGUGCAAUAGAGUUACUGUGGUUUACAUGAUAGAAGUGAUAUAGUUUAUAAUUACGAUUAUGUUAAUUAGGCAUAUUGUAGGUAGGCAUUGGUGAAUAUAAAUGUCAACACUAAGGUGCCCGUAGUGCCAACUGAGACAUAUCUCUCUCAGUGAGUUUAGUAGAGUUAACCUGACUGAAAGUAUUCAUUUGACACAGCUAGACUGGACUGACCAUAUCAUUGCUUAGCUUUGUGCUCCACUCACAAAGUUUUAUGCUGCCAGCCUCAUUUUCUGGUAACACUUCAUGAGCUAUUUAUUUUCAACCUAUAAUAUACUAUUAAUAAAUUACAAGACAACAAGAAAAAGGGAAUGACUGGAAAGGUGAAUUAUUGUUUUGUUUUUUAGUAUUUUAGUGGUUGCUUUUAACACCAUUCAUUAACUGACUUAAAGAGUAUUGAAUAUUUAAUGUAAUUGUAGCAUUGUGUUUGUAAAAAAAAAAAAAAAAAAAAGUAGUGAGUUGUGUUUAUUGACUUGUGGAUUACCAGUGAAGUCGGCAAUCUAGUGCUAAUAUAUAUUUCAUCUUUUUUUAAGGAUUAUUCUUUUCCGACAGCAACAACAGUCAUUAUAAAUGUUCAUUUUAGCAUCACCUGUCUUCUGUUGUCUUAUUCUUCACCUCCCACUACACUCAGUCUCAUCCAAGUAACACAUUGCAAGUUUGUGCCUGAAACCAUGUGCUCGGUCUGGGGGCGGGGCCAUAUGGUAUGAGCGACGUGUGUGUGUGUGUGUGUGUGUGUGUGUGUGUGUGUGUGUGUGUGUGUGUGUGUGUGUGUGUGUGUGUGUGUGUGUGUGUGUGUGUGUGUGUGUGUGUGUGUGUGUGUGUGUGUGUGUGUGUGUGUGUGAAUGGAAAGGCUGCUAUCUCAGCCUUGGUGGGUGGGUGUUCUGUCCAAUGUCCACCAAAGCUAAAACCUGGAGGGCUUCCAUUCACCAAUGGAAUCCCCUAACGUUAUAGCUGGAACUUCAUCAUGUGACCUGAGUCGACUCUAUCGUUCAUAACCCUCCCACCCAACCACUCUCCACCACUACCCUAUCCCUGAGUCAUCCCCUACCACACGUCAUCACCAUGUGAUGUUCUCCAUCGAUAACAUACUACUCGACCAGAUCCACAUUAACAUGUCUCCUCCAUGUUUCCAAAAGGAGCGCGUUGCCAGUCAACCUGCUUCCCACAUGAUACUCAACCAUCCUCUCUAGCUGCCGGAGCCAGGCCAAUCAAAAAACGAUUUGUCUAAAAACAAGAGGAUAGAGAGAAAGAGAAAUAGUGAUUCUCAGGGUGUCUCCUUGAUCUACCUUUAUAUCCUGCAUUCUGCGGUUGUCCCACUUUAUUCUGCCCUAAUCAUUUCUAUGGAGCCCAAAGACGACGAUGAUUUCCAUGUUCAUGGAAUGGUUGCUUAGCAAUCAUUCCGAGGGAUGAUAUGCACCUACUUAAAGGAGCGUGCACAUACUGUAUUGUUUACAACCUAAAUGAGACCAACGCUGUUGAAAAAGAAUGUGUAGGACAAAAACUAAUUCCGUAUUGCUAAAUGAUGACAUUUCAACGACAAUUUUUGUGACAUUAGUUCAUGUAAUUAUGAGUCAUUGCAUGGUACUAUUUUUUGCAAUGAAAAUAUAUUUUUUUGAACUGUUAGAAUGGAUGGUACAUUGUCAAAUUCGUGCAACAUUUAGACGCUAAUAAUAAAACAAAUGUUGGUGUCAGUGUUAAUGUCACCAUGAGGAGAGGUUUUGGACCAAUGAAUGCCAAAAUGUUGUAAAGGUUUUGUUCAUUUGUACAUGGUAAUAAUGGGUCAAAUAAACCAUUGAAGCUAAUUGUCAGGUAGACAUCAUUAGUCUUACUAAUUAAUUCAUCAAGGCCCACACAUUGAUUUACCACGUUAAUACUCAAAGAGGUGCUUGGAAAACAGUUGAUAUUGGACAGAAUACAAUUAUUACUAUAACCAAACCCCAAAAGAGGUAAGUUAAACACCCCCUACUACUGUAAUACAAUGUGCAUCUGAUAUUGUGGUGUUUCACAAACACACGAUUACCCCAGGCAGAAAGUAUAUUUCAAGAGGAUUUAGGAGGACAUGAAGGACAAUGUUGGACAUGCCCAUGUUUUUGCUGAAUGAGCAUCAGGAAAUCAGGAGUGUUGCCUCAUAGCAAUCAGAGGUUAUGAAACGCUCUGAAGGGGUGGGACUCCUCUCACCUCAUCCAGUACACCCAAUACAUUAGAAAUGACACAAUCAAGAUGUUGCUCUUUGACAUUCUCAUCCUCCCACUAUCACUGUGCACCAACCAGUUCAUCCAACCAGCAAACACCACCCCCGCAUUCACCAUGUCUCCAAAACCAACCUAUCCGGACCUGCGGAUUUAGGCAGAUCCAAGCAACUUCUGGCCAAUGGGCUUAGACCUCUCCAUGCAUUGGCUAUUGGUUUAUUGACCUGCAGCACAGCAGAGUCUCCAGGCAUAUCAAUAUUCACAGCAUGGUCUGAAAACCAAACCUGUCUCGCAAACCUUCUAUACACUAAAGAAGUACCUCCAAGGUUCAGAAUGAAGCAGAAUUUAUGGUUUACUGCACACACCUCCCAACGUUCGUAAUGAGCCCCUGAGCUAUGUUAUAGACCAAUGUCAGAACUUUGAUGUGCCUUUCGUUAGGCGCUACUGUAGAUGUGUUUGUUUUGUCUCCUUGAUAGCUUUGUAGUCAUACCAGAACUUCAAUGAACUGAAAGGAGGUAAGUCAUGAGAUUAAUGGAGAAUAACUGAAUGUUAAAGGGAUAGUCACCCCAAAUUACAAAAUGACACAUUGGUUUCGUUACCCUGUAAGCAGUCUACGGACAAAGUAUGACAGAAAUCCAUGCUUUACGUUUUAGCAUUUGUGGCACAAAUCCCAUUACAGUCAUGGGACCGAUAUUAGCAUUUUUCACGCAUCAUGUCCAAAUCCUCCAACAUAUCUAAAACUGAUUGUGAAGCUCAACAAAGUCACAUAUAUGUUUUAAAAAUGAUGCGCAAAAAUGCUAAUAUUGGUCCCAUGACAUGAAUGGGAUUUAUGCCACAAAUUCAAAAACCUUAGCAUGUGGAAACAGUGCCAGAGCAUGGAUUGCUGUCAUACCUUGUUCAUAGACUGCUUACAAGGUAAGGAAACCAAUAUGUCAUUUUUGGAAUUUGGGUGAACUAUCCCUUUAAAGGGUGUGUUUGCACUGUAUUAUUCACUCUACGGAAUACCACUAAAUCUCUGCAAGCCCCAUUUGUAGCUUGUGUUUUUCGUGAAAACCUCUGGGCAUCUGGUGAAGCCACUACAAUGACAGAUUAGGCCCCUCUAUAUACCUCCCAUCUAUCUCUCCUGCCAGUGGGACUGGAGUGGUGGUAGCUUGUGCUUCAUCUUUGCCAAUGCAGCCAAUCCUGUUAAUUGUGCAUCUCUCCUGCCUGAGGCGGCAUUGAUUUCCCUUCUCCUUACUGCUCUUUUUCCAUUCCCUUGUUCAUCUGAAGCCCAAGAAUCCCUGUAAAUCCCAGACCAGCUGUUCCAUGGAAUUCCCUCGUCCUGUUCGGAAGUUAGAUAGGAGAGGUAGGUUAGACAUAAUGCCUUGUUGCUGAGAUCUCGGCGCUUCUCCUCACUGCUUCUCAGCUGAUGCUAGUGUUGGCUAACAUCCUACUCAGCUCUAGAGGACAGAGAGUGAGAGACAAAGAGUUUGCCCUAAUACAGUCUGCUUGAGUAUGGAGUGACUAGAUUGUGCACCUAGUUGCACCCUCACCUAAGAACAAGGACAUCAAAAUCAACACUGAUUGAUAAUGUCAUAAUAACAACCCAGGACUUGAACCUAUGGGUUCCAUAGGACAAAAUAUAGAUAAUCCCCCUCAUAGAUAAGAUAGCGAUUUAGAAUGUGCCAUAGAUACAAAGGCGGGGGUGGGUGGGUGCUAAUAAUUAUUUUUAACCUGCGUUUUGCACAAUCAGAUUGUAAAUCAAACCUGCUUUGCCUGUGGCUACAGUACAGUAGCAUUAGUCACACCACCAUACCUACUGUAUGUAACUGUUCAGAUUUCUGUCUGCAACAUCACACCCAUGUCCACUCACACCCUACUGCGCUGUUACCUAGGUCGCUGGUAGGGGGGCUGUGCAUUUGCCAGAAUAAACAACAUAUGUUUUUAAUUUACAAAAUACACAAGCACUUCAUCCUUGGCAAAUCACAGUGUUAUACUGCCUAAUUGAAUUCCAUGGAAGCUCAUUUCUAUUCUCUUGUGCUUGGAUAUUCCAGGCACGGGUUGAUACAGAGGAUAGGAAUAAUAAUGUGUCAUAACAGCCAAUGUUUGAGGUUUGUUCCCUUACCAGAUGUUAAGAGAAAGUUCGGACCAAGAAUUGCAGAGAAAAUUCUGACUAAGAACUAACAUAGGUACAUAGACAUUUGAUUGACUUUAAAUUAGGGAGUACUUUUAUCCUGUGUUUAUAUGAAUGACAAUUUCACCCUUCCCUCUGCUUGAAUCAAUAGAUAAAUGUCUUUUUAAUGCAAUAUUUUGUAUCAAAAUUCGGGAAGACACAUUUUCAAUUAUAGACUACAUCAGAUUUUAAAGUAGUGGCUGAUAAAGGAGAUUAUUUGUAAUUGAAUUCAAUCUGAAAUUGGAAUGUAUAUUUUUGACCAACAGAAUUUGUAUUUCGACUGCCUGUGGAAGACCACGUUUGUGUUCUAACAGUUAUACCAGAAUUUUGGCAAUUUUACAGGGACUCAGGUCAAUGUUUGGGUUAUUUCUUGAAUGUUUUCAUCUACUUAUUGCAUGUUUGUCUAGGAAACUAAUGCUUUGUCUUUGAUUGAAGGAAGAUACACAUUUGUAGACUGUCACAAGGCUGAAAUCUUGAAACUAAAUCAACACUUGUCUUUCAGCAUUCAGUUUUUGCUGUCUUCCGUUUGCGUGUACCUUCUAUGCAUUUAACAAGUAUUCAUCAUAAAAGUGAUAUCAAAUUCCUGGGCCUGGAAAUAAACUUCAAACCACUGAGCUACAACAAACCCCAACGGAGAAAACCUCAACGGACCUCUCUCACUAAAACUUGCCAUCUGUACUGGUACAAGAGCUGUCCAUCUUUGACUAGCAACAAUGCUAAAAUUAUUCCCGCAUCCUAAGUAACUAAAGUGGAAACUGGCUAUUGUCCUUUGGCAACACUUUACAUUACAUAGGCAUUGAACUUACUAGCCUGUUACAGUGUAAUAGGCCGUUCCACAGGUAGUUACAUGAGACGGGCCUAUGUAAGGACAGGUGUAGCCAAGGAUUUUAUAAUUAUGGUACUUUGCUUCACGGCCAGUUUAUAGAUUAUAUUUCAGAGCAUUUAUUCCACAGACCAAAAUGUAUUCCAUCUGGUUGAUAAUUGUCUUUAAAUCAAAUUGAUUUAAUAAUUUAUGCCAGUCAGAUAAGCAAAAUACUGAACAAUGAUUGUACGUUUUUGUAUGUUUACAUUUUAAAUUUUUAGCUGUUGUGAUAUUUCUAACCAACAUUACAGAUUAAGUUUAAAAUAAGAAACACAUUUCAUUCUUAACUAUUCCAAAAAGUAUUUUAAAUGUCAUGAAUGUUUGAUUAUUAUGUGUAUAAAUACAAAUGAGAAUAAAUACAUUUAAAUUGCGAUGCAAAAGCUGUGAUUUGAAAACACUGUAGCGUGUACAGUGAUUCCUUUAUCAAUUUUAUGGUACAUGAUAUGUUCUGCAAUCUUGCAGUUGUUGUUUUUCAGUUCUUGAGCAUAUGCUUUAAUAAAUACAUUUUCUACGGUAUACAAGGGAA